AUGGGUUACACACGGGAGCGUACUAAUCGCCAUUUUUUUGUAGCGCGGGCCAACGCCUUCUUUUCACGGCUUCCCAUCGCCCGCGUCCAACGUUCCCUUGCGAUGGAGGCCGUACGUGAAGGGCGUAUGCGACCGUGGAAAUAUACGAAGGAACAAAUAUUGGGUGCACCAGUGACAUGCAAUUUUGAGUAUAACCCGCGUCCAGUGCGGCUUAUCGGAACGGUGAUGGACGCCCACACGGAGGAGACGAGUAUUAAAGGCGGCUUGAAGGUGUACGCACGAAAUGAGGAAACGAACAUGAUGUUGUGGAUACCACCUGGGAAUCCUAAGCUACGUCAUGAGGUGACAUCUACAAAAGGAAGCUUUCAGCAUUACCUCGAUGAACGUGAUAAGUGGGAUGAGGCGUGGAUUACGGGGCGUGCAAGAAUGAAGUAA